UCGUACUGCGACAGAGUUUGGUCAGUCGGUCGGUGUCGUUGCCAGCUGGUGCAUCACGUUAAGUCUCUUCGGGAUCUCGCGACGAACACGCAGCCGGUGUGGUUUCAUGAUCACACCCUUUUCUCUUUUUUCUUCUUUCUAUCCGAUCUCUCUCAUCUCGUGCGAACGACUCAUUUUUUUUCGCGGAAUUGGUUGCAGGAUCGGAAAAUUUGAGAGAUAUCACUUUCUGUCAAAAUCUUGCACGUACUUCUCUCCUCCAUCGAAGAAGAGGGGGAACACAUGUGUGCACGGUAGAGCGGCGCAUGAGGGAUGAUGUGAGGGGACACAAUACAGCAUGAAGGCAACAUGUUCCUGCUACUGUCAGUGCUGUCAGAGCGGAGGUUGCUGCAAUAGCCGGACGCUCUUCAACCAUUCUGAGAGACCAUCUAUUGAUACGUGCACGUCCCACUUUUCCGAAGUAACCAUCCCGCGGAUCAUGAGGAGAGCAUCCAUCAAGACACUCACGUGGACGUUCUACUUGUCCACCCUGUUAUUCCUACCGACGAAAACAAGUGCCCUGGAAGAGAACUGUACGGAUUUCCAAGGCGGUAUUAUCAGACACGGCCUCCUCUACGUGCCAGGCCCUGCGGUCUGCAGUCUCUGCGUAUGUUAUCAUUCCGAGCCGAGAUGGUGCCAAGCCAUCUACUGUACGCCACCGUAUAAAUGCAAGAAGUUUCGCGUGGGCGAGCGUUGCUGUGAGUUUGAAUGCCUCGACGACAGCGACGAUUGGACUGGCCCGGACGUGUACAAUGUGUAUGCCAUGGCAUCAUCAAUGGACCAGAAGCAAAAUCCCGUCCUCUGUCUGCUCGGACUGAUCGCGCUACUGAUGGUGCCCUAGUUACAACCUGACGGGACCCGCGAUCAUCGUCGCCGCCAACCUUGCCCUCGUCAGGAGAAUUCGUCCGUUAGUGAUAUCAGUGAUCCGAUGAUGAUGACGACGACAAAGACGAUGACGACGAUAGAAUUGUGCACGAGAAAAUCCCGAAACAGGUUUGAUUCAUGCUACGCAGCUUAUUUUGAUGACCGAUACAUCCCUUGCCUAUGGCAAUUACGUCGUCCGACUUUGGAAUAAUAUGAAAUAAAUGAAUUGAGAACUGAUGUUUUUUUACCGAUAUGGAUGAAUCCAAGAUCGAACAAUUGUAGAAAUAAUUGGAAAGAGACACGGAAAUAUGGCUUUUUUAAUUUGUAAACAAUAAAUAUAAUCCUGAAACAUUAAAAUUAUUACGUGACUAAAGCAAAAUUGUUACUUUAUCUCGCACACAAUUAUAUAUCAAUCGAAAGGAUAUUUUUUCAUAACUUUUUC